AUGAACAAAUGUUAUUCAAAGCAGGCCCAUUAUGACGUCACAAAGCCGGCCGCAAUCUACCCUGCUGGCUGCUGGAGCCCCGCCCCCUCCUUUGCCCUCCCAUUGGCUCGCCGGCUAAUGGCUGGCUUGGUGAUAGGUGUAUGCGUCUUAAAUGCUCCUGAACCUCCCCCGCCGUCACCCAGAGUCACUGACACAGGUGGGUUCCACUGUCAGCAGUUGCUCCUUAGCACAUUGUCCAGAAGUCAGUUAGCCACAUCUGGAUUCUCAAUUAGCCACAUGUGGCUAGAUGUUAAUGUAUUGGACAGCACUGAAAUGAAGUACAAAGGACUGUCAUACAAACCCAAGGAGGAGGAGGAGGAAGAGGAGGAGGAGGAGGAGGACGAGGAAGGUCGCGAAGCAAUGUUUUCUGAAGAAGAGCCAGCCAAAGUGAAGAAAAAAAGGAAACCACGGAAACAGAAAGAGAACAAGACUCCCAAAAUGAAGAAGAGAAAGAAAGAGGAACAGAAGUCCUCCACAUACUUAAUGGAUGACUGGGGUUUGGAGGAUGUGGAUUACGAGUUCACAGAGGAGGAUUAUCACACUUUGACCAAUUACAAAACCUUCAGCCAGUUCCUGAGGCCACUCAUUGCCAAGAAGAAUCCGAAAAUCCCCAUGUCCAAAAUGAUGACGGUGCUUGGUGCCAAAUGGCGGGAGUUCAGCGCCAAUAACCCUUUCAAAGGGACCUCGGUGGCUGCGGCAGAGGCAGCGGCAGCCGCAGUGGCAGCCGCGGUGGAACAGGUGAUCGUGGCUCCACCGGUACCAAUUCCGCUGCCGCCCCCGGUCCAGCCCCCCGCCCCUGUAAGGAAAGCCAAGACCAAAGAAGGGAAAGGUCCAGGGGUCCGGAAAAAGAGUAAGAGUGCUCGAGCAGCAGAGUUGAAGAAGAAAGGAAAAGGGAAGAAGAUGGCACCUCUGAAGAUCAAACUGGGAGGAUUCAGUGGCAAACGGAAGAAGGGGUCUUCGAGUGAGGAGGAUGAACAUGGUGAAUCGGACCUAGACAACGCGAGUGUCCACAGCUACUCCGUGAGGUCUGAGGGCUCUGCUGGUUUGGGCAAGAGAAGGAGGAAAGGUGGCAAGAGGAAGAAAAAAUUGGAGGAAGGUGAUGGGUAUGAGACGGAUCACCAGGAUUACUGUGAAGUGUGCCAGCAAGGAGGGGAGAUUAUUUUGUGUGACACAUGUCCCAGGGCCUAUCACUUAGUCUGCCUGGACCCAGAGCUGGAGAAGGCCCCAGAGGGGAAAUGGAGCUGCCUGCACUGUGAAAAGGAAGGAAUUCAGUGGGAGGCUAAAGAGGAUGAAGAAGAUGAAGACGAUGACGAGGGAGUGGAGGAGGAAGAUGAUGAUCACAUGGAAUUCUGCAGAGUCUGCAAGGAUGGAGGCGAGCUGCUGUGUUGUGACUCCUGUCCUUCCUCAUAUCACAUUCACUGCCUUAACCCUCCACUACCUGAAAUCCCGAAUGGAGAGUGGGUUUGUCCGCGUUGCUUGUGCACACCUCUAAAAGGCAAAGUGCAGCGAAUCCUGCACUGGACAUGGGGUUCACCCCCACUCCCCCGCACCCCUCCAGGUCUGAUAGGAGAAGCCACUGAUUCCGAGCAGCCCAGGAUCCUGAAAGGACGGCCAGAAAGAGAAUUCUUUGUGAAAUGGGUAGGGCUGUCCUACUGGCACUGUUCUUGGGCCACAGAACUGCAGUUGGAGCUGUACCACACGGUAAUGUUCCGGAACUUCCAAAGGAAGAAUGAUAUGGAUGAGCCGCCACCAUUCGAUUACGGCUCUGGGGACGAUGAAGAGAAGAGCGAGAAGCGGAAGAGCAAAGAUCCCCAGUUUGCACUGAUGGAACAGCGAUACUAUCGAUAUGGGAUCAAACCCGAAUGGCUCAUUGUUCAUCGAAUUAUCAACCACAGCUUCGAUAAGAAGGGUGAUUUGCACUAUUUGAUUAAGUGGAGGGAGCUGCCGUAUGACCAGGCUACCUGGGAAUUUGAAGAAUUUGAUAUUCCAGAUUAUGACACUAUGAAGGAGAUGUAUUGGAAUCACAGGCAAUUGAUUUUGGGUGAAGACUUAAGACCGGUGAGAAAGCUGAACAAAAAAGGACGGAAAGCCAGAGAACUGAUCUUCGACCCGCCCCCAGUACAGCCUGUAGUGGAUCCAACCGUGAAGUUUGACAAGCAGCCAGAGUACAUUGAUGCCACAGGAGGCAACCUACACCCUUACCAGCUGGAGGGGCUGAACUGGCUACGCUUUUCUUGGGCACAGGGCACUGACACAAUCCUGGCCGAUGAGAUGGGAUUGGGAAAAACCGUUCAAACUAUUGUAUUUCUGUACUCUCUCUUCAAAGAGGGCCACUCCAAGGGACCUUUCCUGGUGAGCGCCCCAUUGUCCACCAUUAUUAAUUGGGAGCGGGAAUUCACACUCUGGGCACCUUGCUUCUACGUGGUGACUUACACAGGAGACAAAGACUGCAGAGCUGUCAUCCGAGAGAAUGAGUUCUGCUUCGAUGAUAAUGUAAUCAAGAGUGGGAGAAAAACCUUCAGGAUGAAGAGUGAGGCGCAAAUAAAGUUUCAUGUUCUACUCACGUCAUACGAGUUGAUCACCAUAGAUCAGACGAUCCUGGGAUCCAUCGACUGGGCGUGUCUUGUGGUGGAUGAAGCUCACAGGCUGAAAAAUAACCAGUCCAAAUAUUUCAGGGUGCUAAAUGCUUACAAGAUUGAUUACAAGUUGCUGCUGACAGGGACACCACUACAGAAUAACCUGGAGGAGCUCUUCCACUUGCUGAACUUCCUCACUCCUCUACGCUUUAAUAACCUGGAAGGUUUCUUGGAGGAGUUCGCAGAUAUCUCGAAGGAGGACCAGAUUAAGAAGCUUCAUGACCUCCUGGGCCCACACAUGUUGAGGCGUCUCAAGGCUGAUGUCUUUAAGAACAUGCCGUCAAAGACAGAGUUGAUUGUUCGAGUGGAGCUUAGCUCCAUGCAGAAGAAAUAUUACAAGUUCAUCUUGACCAAGAAUUUCGAGGCUCUGAAUUCGAAAGGUGGUGGGAACCAGGUGUCAUUGUUGAACAUUAUGAUGGAUCUGAAGAAGUGUUGUAACCACCCAUAUUUAUUUCCAGUGGCUGCAGUGGAAGCUCCAGUAUUACCGAAUGGAUCAUACGAUGGGAACUCGCUGGUGAAGUCCUCAGGGAAGCUGAUACUCCUGCAGAAGAUGUUGAAGAAGUUGCACAGUCAAGGCCACAGAGUGUUGAUCUUCUCUCAGAUGACCAAAAUGCUGGAUCUGCUGGAGGAUUUCCUGGAGUAUGAUGGAUACAAAUACGAGCGGAUAGACGGAAGCAUCACAGGCAAUCAGCGGCAGGAGGCUAUUGAUCGGUUUAAUGCCCCCGGAGCCCAGCAAUUCUGUUUCCUUCUGUCCACGCGGGCUGGGGGCCUGGGCAUUAACCUGGCCACUGCAGACACUGUUAUAAUCUACGAUUCAGAUUGGAACCCCCACAAUGACAUUCAGGCUUUCAGCAGAGCGCAUCGGAUCGGCCAGAAUAAAAAGGUGAUGAUCUAUCGCUUUGUGACCAGGGCGUCAGUAGAAGAACGCAUCACCCAAGUGGCCAAGAAGAAGAUGAUGUUGACCCACCUUGUGGUGCGGCCGGGCUUGGGCUCCAAGUCUGGUUCACUUUCCAAACAGGAGUUGGAUGAUAUCCUCAAGUUUGGCACAGAGGAGCUCUUUAAGGAUGAUGAAGCUGAGAAGGAAGCGGAGGAGAUGAGGAUGAUCCACUACGACGACCGUGCCAUAUCAAAGCUGCUGGACCGCAACCAGAAUGCGACAGAUGAUGCUGAUAUUCAAAACAUGAACGAGUAUCUCAGCUCCUUCAAGGUUGCUCAGUACGUGGUACGGGAGGAGGACGAACAGGAGGAAGUUGAAAGAGAGAUCAUUAAACAGGAAGAGAAUGUGGAUCCUGACUAUUGGGAAAAGCUUCUUCGACAUCAUUACGAGCAGCAGCAGGAAGAUCUUGCCAGGAACCUAGGCAAGGGCAAACGCAUUCGCAAACAAGUCAACUACAAUGAUGCCUCCCAAGAGGAUCAAGAGUGGCAAGACGACCUUUCGGACAAUCAGUCUGAAUACUCUGUGGGGUCAGAGGACGAGGAUGAAGACUUUGAGGAGAAGCCGGAAGCUGGGAGACGACAGUCACGGAGGCAACUUAAGUCUGAAAGAGACAAACCUCUCCCACCCUUACUGGCACGAGUUGGUGGGAACAUUGAGGUUCUUGGGUUCAAUGCUCGCCAGCGUAAAGCCUUUGUCAAUGCCAUCAUGCGCUGGGGGAUGCCACCCCAGGAUGCCUUCAACUCUCACUGGCUGGUGCGGGAUCUUCGGGGAAAGAGUGAGAAGGAGUUCAGAGCCUACGUGUCACUGUUUAUGAGGCACCUGUGUGAGCCGGGAGCGGAUGGAUCUGAGACUUUUGCGGACGGCGUCCCUCGGGAAGGGUUGUCCCGGCAACACGUGCUCACCAGGAUAGGCGUGAUGUCACUGGUCCGGAAGAAGGUGCAGGAGUUUGAAUACAUCAAUGGAAGAUACAGUACACCGGAGAUGGUGCCUGAGCACGUGGAGAACAAGAAGCACAUUGACAGCAUCUCGUCUGAUCCCAGUACCCCAGUUGCAGCCAGUCCUGCCUGUCCCUUGCCCAGUACGCCAGCCCCGAGCUCCACAGAGAAGAAUGGUUGCCGUGUGGAAGUGAUGGACGAUAAAGAGAGGGACAAGGAAGAGAAAAAGCUCUUGGAGAAUGAGAUUCCCACUGGGGGUAUUAUAGCCUCUGGCAGUGAGAAGCUUCAAGAAACAGAGAUCAAGAACCAGGCGAGCGAGGUGGGAGUGGAGGAGAAAAGAGAGUGUGAACAACAGGAGUGGAUAGCCCCUUCUCAACCUAAAGCUGAAGAUGUGAACGAGGAGAAGGAGAUCACAGAAAACCUGCAGAAUGGAGAAAUAAUGAAAGAAGUGAAGGAAGAAGAGGAGAGAAAGGAUCCGUCUGGCAAAGGAAAAUUUAUGUUCAACAUUGCAGAUGGAGGUUUCACAGAGUUGCACACGCUUUGGCAGAAUGAGGAGCGAGCUGCAGUUUCUUCUGGAAAGAUCUACGAUAUCUGGCACAGGAGACACGACUAUUGGUUGCUGGCUGGUAUCGUCGCUCAUGGCUAUGCUCGUUGGCAGGAUAUACAAAAUGAUCCCAGAUAUACCAUCAUUAAUGAACCUUUCAAAGCCGAGAUGAACAAGGGAAAUUUCCUGGAAAUGAAAAACAAGUUCUUGGCCAGGAGAUUCAAACUCUUGGAACAGGCCCUGGUGAUUGAAGAGCAACUGCGGAGAGCUGCAUACCUCAACAUGACCCAGGAUCCCAAUCACCCUGCCAUGGCUCUCAACGCACGCUUUGCAGAGGUCGAGUGCUUAGCCGAGAGUCACCAGCAUCUCUCCAAGGAGUCUCUGGCCGGUAACAAGCCUGCCAACGCAGUGCUGCACAAAGUCCUGAAUCAGCUGGAGGAGCUCCUGAGUGACAUGAAGGCGGACGUGACCAGGCUACCCAACAUGUUGUCCAGGGUCCCACCUGUGGCAGCGCGGCUCCAGAUGUCGGAGCGAAGCAUCCUGAGCCGACUGGCGAAUCGAGGAAACGAACCACAACAGCAGCCAUUCCCACAGGGUCCCUAUGGAACAGCACAGAUGUAUAGUAACAGCUUCGGACCCACCUUCCGAGGGCCGGGAUCUGGAACCCUCAUUAACUACAAUCAGAUGCCUCUGGGGCCCUAUAUCAGUGCAACAACAAAUAUUUCGGCUAUGAGUGUCCCAGAUAAAAAACUCUUAUCGGAAGGACUGGAAGCAGCAGAGAAGAAAGAUAAAGUCAGUGAUGUAAUCUGCAUCGAGGAUUGAUGACAGGGUUCCC